AUGACUAAGCUUCUAACUUUAAAAGAAAAACAACAUCAAUAUUAUUUAAAAAACAAAGAAAAAUAUUUAACUCGAGCCAAAAAACAGGCUGAAAAGUUAAGAGAAAAACGAGAGAAAAAGUGUAAAAAAGAACUUGAAAUUAUUGAGCAAGAAGAGAGACCAACCUUUUUAAGACCACUUUUGGCUAGAUGUAUUAGAGAAUAUGGCGAGCGAGAAUUAAGCACCGAUGUUAUCGAUAGUUUUUUAAAAGAAAAUUUAACCAAAUAUGAACCCGCUAGUUUAAAAGUAUUUCGAAAUGCUUUGUCAUCUUACAAUCUUUUAUUCUAUACUGGAAUAAGGGUGAACGAGUUAAUCAACCUUCGCCAUUGUGAUUACCAAAAUGAAAGUUUGAAAAUAAAAGGAAAAGGUAAUAAGAUUAGAUACAUUCCCAUUCCUGUUUUUUUAGCGAAACAUUUCAAUGGAGGCACUGAUUAUUUAUUUAAAACUAGAACCGGCAAGCGAAUUGAGAAAAUUCAAAUAAGAAUAAUGAUCUAUAAAAAAACUAAAAAGGCAGGAAUAAAUAAACAUAUUAGUCCACACACUUUUCGUCGUUCUUUUGCUACUAUCUUAAAUAAGAAAGAGGUGCGAUUAACUAUUAUCCAAAAAGUUUUAGGACAUAAUGAUAUUCAAACUACUUCUAGUUAUAUCCACAAUUCUCGUGAGGAGAUUUAUAAUGAAUUGAAUAAAGAAAAUGUUGAAUAUUCUCCUUAUGGUUCUAAACUAAAAAAAGAAAAUUUUGCUAAGGAUGUGACUGAAGAACAACAAGAAAUCAAAAACUCCCCAAAAUUCUACCAGCAAGCACCAUUUUUAACUAUUGCUGAGGAUUUACUGAAACUGAUAAAGGAGGAUAAGGGUCUAAAACAUGAAAAGAGACUUUUAAUUGAUGAUAAUCCUAAUAUUUGUAAGAGUGUGUUUGCUAAUAAUUAUGAUAAAGUAAAAAUUAGCAAAGAAUAUCCUAAUGAAUAUUUUGCUGUUAUUGCCCCUUAUUAUCCAGCAACAGAAAAUCAACAUCAUAAAGAAGUAUUAUUGGUUAAAAAUGAAGAACAACCAUCGGUUAAUUUUUGGGAAAACUGUGGGCAAAAAACUAAAACCGAAAUUAUGGAUUUACUCGCUGAGAAAUUAGGGAAACCAAAAAAUAAUUUAGAUAUUAAUUGUCUAGAUGCUUUGGCUCGCAAAAUUCUCUACUUUUAUGGUGAAGUAAAAGAUAAUAGAAGUCAAGCAAUCCAUUCUCUAACUGGUCAAUAUCGAACUUCGAUUUUUGGUAAAGAUAUUUGCGACUUUUGUCCGGUUGGAACUGAACCAACUUCCCAAACUCAAUCUAAUGUUGGGGGUGGCAAGGCACCCGAACCAGACGGGAAAAACCAAGAACAUUUUCAAAAGAUAAAGGAGUUAGUUAUCGAAAACUCUGCCGAUCAAUUAGUUUAUGAAGUUAACAAUUCGAUUAGUGCUUCCAAUCGAACCAAACAUAUUUCAAGGCUGUUUAAAUUGUUCGGAGCAAUGGAAGUUCUAACUUGUUUCCUACCGGUUAAAGUUGGUUCUGUCCCAGCCAACCAAACUAAGGGAUUGCGAGCAAAAAUAUUCGAUAAAAGAGUAGGAAUUGCUGGUCUAGAAUUUAAGAAAGGACUGGCGGUUCGAGUGGCUAGCCGAGACAAGCAACGAAACAAAGAAAUCGCGGCUUGGGAUAAAAUUGCUAGCAAAGUUAAGGAUAAAUAUUUUAAAAGGUUUCGUGGACAAAUUGCCCGAGUUUCUUUCAAAGAAAUAGUUUUUGAAGAAGCUAUUCCGAUUGAUGGAGAAUUUUUAUUAAAGAAAUUGGCUCAAGAAAAGGAAAAAAAACUGGAUAAUAGCGGAGUGUUGGAGAAAGUUAAAGAUGAGGAAGGAACUGAAUGGGUGUUGUAUAUUAAUUUAAUUGAGGGGGAAGAGGACUCGCAUUCAUAUUCGCUGACUGAAAAAAAUAAUCCAUUUUUGGUUAACUGGGAUGAUUAUAUGAUUUCUUUAUACAAUAAAAGCGGUAAUGUUAAAAAAUACCAGAUUGAGCAUGCGGUGCAAGACUUCUUUUUUUGCGAACUAGGAGAAAGAGAAAAGAACAAAAAAUACUUUCUCAUGCAUUUUAGCAAAAACAAAAAAGAAGUAGAUAGUGAAAUUGUUAAUUAUUGUUUUAAUUUAGAAGAAAAAGCCAAAAGUAAACUAAAAAAUUGUGUGGUUCGAAAAAAGGAUAAAGAAAUCAGUAACUGGGUAGAUAUGUUAAAAGAAGGAGAAUUAUUCUUUACUGACUUUAGGAGUAGAGAUUGA